AUGCCCCUCUCCAUCAGAGCCCAACUCUCAACCCUCUCUGAGUCACUCCCUACAUUCUCUCAGGUGCGCGAGACGAUAAACAAGCAUUUACAAAAAGAUCCUCCUCCAGAAGAACCCUGGGAAGAAAUCGGCGAAACAGAAACCAUUACGUCCAUCCCAUCUAACACCAUGUCAAUCAACCCAUUAUGCUGCAAAGACGCCAUCCCCCUGUCCUACAAACACCUCCUCGAACUCCUCCCCGCAAACACCCUCCAUAACAACGUCCCGCCUUCCCGCUCCGCAGGCCCAUUAAUAGCAAGUCUCCUCGCCUGUAUCCUGAACGCUGACGCUAUACCCCCAGCGCUCAACCCCGAGGGCCCAUUCCCAUAUACCAGUAUAUUCUACGCCGUCGUCGAAGUCGUAACUUUGAAACCCACACCUCCACAAACCCCCAGUCGCAUUCCCCGGGUUUCCACACCCACCAUCCCCUCAGCCCCAUCCUCCUCUUCUACGCCCGUAACGACGAUAUCAACACACUACUUCAUCCCCAUCGAAGAGCGCAACACGCCCACCUCGACGAUCCUGGCGGCCAAAACACCAUUCCACUGUCGAAGAUGGAGGGAGAUCCGUAAAGAGGAAGCGUAUGAGACGGUGAGACGCUCUGAGAUGGAUAUUGUGAUUGGGGAUGGCGAGACGUGGACGCCGAUGGUGGGGACGGAGAAGUUGUGGUGUGAGGGCCAUGGUGUGUGGUGUGAGUUGAGGGCGUGGGUUAGGGAGGAUUGA